AUGAAAUCCAUAAUACACAUCACGUUCUAUUCAGUUUGUUAUGUCUACUCGCUGAUAGUGACACUACAUAGAUCCUUCGUAUUCUUUUCUUGGCUGACGAUCAUGAACGAUGAGAAUGAUUUCUACGAGAUAGAUCAAACUAGUUUCAGAUUAAUCUUUCGUGGCGAUUUAAAUACUUGUUGGUAUAUACUGUUAUCCGGCUCCGUUUUUAUCGAGUCAACGAUGUAUCUACCACGUGCCAGUUUCGGUAAACGAACUCCGGCGAAUCCCUAUCGACUAAAUGAAUGUGUUAUCCUCGAACCAUCCGAACUACUUGUUAUUGAUUAUCCAUCCGUGGAAACAAAAGAAUCAUUAAUGAGAAUUGAACAUCAAGAACAAGAUCAAUCUAUUAUUGAUGACGAAGAUCAACUUCGAACAAUGACACUAAAUCGAAAGAAAAGUUCACGUAUUCGACAACGUUCUAUAACAGUCACCAAUUCGAAUGAUAUCCAUUCGUCGAUGAUACGUAGUUCGCAUUCGCGUGCAAGUGAUACAUCAAGUGCAUAUUCAGGCUCGGAUAUCAUGCAAUCAUCGACAAAUGGUGAUGACUGUCUAAUGAUAAAUAAUGAAACUGAUGACGAAUCAGAAGGAUCAUCCGAACAUUCAUUUCCAAUCCAUGAUCACAUACGAGAAGUGUUGACAAAAGAAGCCAAUGAACGAACUGAUGACGAUAUCGAAGCAAUCUUAGAAUUUCUUCAUCACUUUCCAGUAAGUUAUAUUUGGCUCAAUUAUAUCGAUUUCGAUUUUCUUCCUCAGGCAUUUGCUGAUUUGACUCUACACGUUCGCCGCGAACUAUGUAAAGUACUUGUUUACGCUCAAGUUGAAAAAGCACAAACGGUAGUGAUGAAUGACGGCGAACGAUACGAUUCGUGGUCAGUUAUCAUCAAUGGAAUCAUUGAUGAUGAAACUAUUACGGGUGAACCAAUACGAACAUUAACUGUUGGACAAAGUUUUGGAUGUGGUCCUACACUGGAUCAAUAUUGUCAUAAAGGUAUUAUGAAAACACGUGUUGAUGAUUGUCAAUUUGUUGUCGUGGCACAAAAUGAUUAUUAUGCAAUAUUGAAUCAAGGUGAAAAAGAUGUUCGAAAAAUUGAAGAGAACGGUAAAAUUGUGAUGAUGAAAGAAAAACGUAUUGAUGAUGACGAACAUCGAAUGCCUCGAGAAAUUGUCAUCAAGGCAACCGUUGAAAAAUUACUUGAUUUACUCGCUGACGAACGUCAAUUACUUGAUGAUCCGACUUUUGUUGAAGAUUUUCUUCUUACUUAUCGAACAUUUCUCCACGAUCCAACGAUCGUAUUGAAUAAAUUACUUGAAUGUUUCCAGAAAAGCAAUAAUUUAGCAAUCUGUGAACAUGUCUCGCGUGUUAUUCUAUCAUGGGUUAACAAUCACUACAAUGAUUUCGAAUCCAACGCACAAUUAAAUGAAUUUCUCGAAAAAUUCGAUGACGAACUCCAACAUCACGACGGAGAAGGUAUGCGAUCAUGGAAAUACCUACUCAAUUUGGCUUGUUUUACACGAGCGAGUGUACGAACCAUAACGCUAACGCGUUCGACGCGUGAUGAUGUAUUGAAUUUUAAUAUACUUGGCGGUAGCGACACAGUAACACAUAACGGAAUCUUCGUAUCGAAGGUUGAAUGUCAUUCGAAAGCGUAUGAAGCCGGUUUACGUCGAGGUGAUCAAAUUCUCAAUGUCAAUGGUCAACCCUUUGAUUAUUUAACUCAUGCUCGAGCAUUGGAAAUCCUUCGUGGUUCAACCCAUUUGUCAUUGACAGUUAAAAACAAUAUGAUGGGUUUCAAUGAAAUCAUCAAUCCAGAAAAAUCACCCGUUCGGAAGAAACGUCAUGACAUUUCAUUAUAUGAACAAGAAAUUCGAAAUAAACUAAACGGUUCAUCACCAAUACGUUCCCAUUCCACAACAACAUCACCUAUUCUACCAAUGAGUCCAACUGAAACUUAUCAUCAUCAGGCGCGAUCACCGUUGACAACAAUCGUUACUCCCACAAAAAAUAUACCAAGCAAUGCCGACAAAUCUAAGCCUCGUCCACUAACAAAACGUAUGGGCUUGAAACGUGCUGUAAUGCAAAAAUUGAAAAUUACAAAAAAUAACAGCGAGUUUGACAUCAAUGGAACGGAUAAUGUACUGGAUUCCAGUGUUUCGUCAUUGUCCAAUUCAAAUAAAAGCCUUAACCGAAGUUCAAGUAAUCCAGACUUAUCAUCGUCGUCGAUUAGUAACAAAUCAAUUACAUCAUCGACAUCAACAUUCAGUGGAACAAUCACUGAUGAAGAUAAUCUUACAUUUGUUGUCAAAGUCUAUCGUAGUGAUCAAUCUUUUAAAUACUUUCCUGUACUUAAAGGCACAACAGCCAAACAACUUGUCAUGUUGGCAAUCACGGAAUUCAGUAUUGUUGAUCAAAGCAGCUAUGCACCCUCUUCUGUAGAAUUUGAUCGGCUGCGGUAUUAUUCGCUAUGUGAAGUCUCCGUCGAGAAUAAUGUGAUCAAACAAAAGCGUUUACCUGACAAUAUCGACAACCUUCCCGAGCGUCUUCCAAUCAAUGCUCGCUAUUAUCUAAAAAACAACCAUUUAACUGAAACACUUGUUCCAGAUCAUCUAUCGAAUGAAUUAAUACGCGAAGCCCGUAUUCAUUUUUUACAAUUGGAUUCAUUGGAAAUCUGCGCUCAGUUGACAUUACGAGAUUUUGCAAUCUUCAAAUCCAUUUUACCUACUGAAUAUAUUGAUCAUGUUUUCAAGUUGAAAUCCGCGUAUGGGAUACCACAUCUCGAGAAAUUCCUUCGACUACCCAAUCAGGAGAUGUACUGGACGAUCACGGAGAUUAUACGUGAAACAAAUCUUAUUCAAAGAUCGAAAAUCGUGAAACAUUUCAUCAAAAUCGCAAAAUGUUGUAAAGACAUGAAAAAUUUUAAUUCGAUGUUUGCAAUUAUCAGUGGACUCGAUCAUAAAACUGUACAACGACUGCAAGCAACAUGGGAACGUGUACCGGAGAAGUACAAGAAAUUAUUUGAAGAACUCAAAUCUUUACUUGAUAUAUCUCGUAAUAUGUCAGUUUAUCGAAAUCUAUUGAAGAAUGAAUUCGUCGUACCGCCGAUAAUCCCCAUGUUUCCAGUGUGUAUGAAGGAUUUGACUUUCAUCCAUUUAGGAAAUCAAACUCAGGAUAAUGAUCUGAUUAAUUUUGAAAAGCUCCGUAUGAUCGCAAAAGAAAUUCGAUAUAUCGUUAAUAUGUCUUCAUCACCUUAUGAUAUUUCGAACAUGUUUGAUUCCCCGACGUCGCAUUCUCAAAUUUUUGCCGGUUUUGGACAUCAAUCAACAAUGGAUUCGUAUGGAACGAUACGAAGAAAUCAGACUGGCAUGCGCCUAUCGGUUGCUGCUAAUGCUAAACGGAUCUACGAUGAAGCAUUAAUGGUGAAAAAAGUGAAAACAUACUUGAACAAUGCCGAAAUCAUUGAAGAUGAAGAUCGUCUACUUGAAUUAGCGAACCAAUGUGAACCUGUAAGUACACUUAAACGCCGUCCAUCACCAUCAACUUCCAGUUUAUCUUCGAAUUCAUCUUGUGAUCGCCGUGGAGGAUCAGUUCAAUUGACCAAAUUUGAAAGUUAUUCAGGUAGUACACAAUCUCCCGAUGCAGUGAAUAAAUUACUUCGGCUAUCAGAUAGCAAUCAUCAAAUAAAAUCUCGAGCUCCACAAAAGACGACGCCUAUACUUCGAAGCACAUCACCUUUGAUAAAUAAUUCCGUGACCUUGACUGGAUUAACAUCGACUAGCGAAUUAACGCAACGCCGUUAUCAUCAAGUGGCGAAAAUGCGCGAUGCGAAUAAGCUAACAAGCGAAAGUUCCAGUCUGAACUUGAAACCAGCAUCAUCGGUCUUGUAUAUUCGAUCACAUCUCAAAAUCGACAAUCCAAUCAAUAAUGAAUUAUUGAAAAAUGGCCAUUCAGACGACAAUAUUCUGAAAUCAAGUGAGACAUCUAUGCUUGGUCACUGUAAUGAGAAAUCAACAGCUAACUUAGUUGGUGAUGGAUAUUCAAUGAUGACGAAUCGAAAUCGAAUUGUAUUACCACAAAUGAAUUCCGAAAUAAACUCUGCUGUUAUUGUUGAUGAGGAUGUCCAUGGAUCGAUACUUACACGCACUUGGUUGCAACGUUCCAAAUCUCACACUGAAGUAACUCUUGAUCAAGAAUCAUCUGUCGAUUAUGACGAUCAAGAACAAGUAACAGCCGUUUAA